CAGUGAGACCGUGUCUCGAAAACACAAAAGCAAAAAAAACAGGCAUGCAAAGAAGCAGAAAAACAGAACCCAUAAUGAGUAGAAAAAUAACAAAGACCCAGAAGUGGCAUAGAUGAUGGAAUUAGCGAUCCGGACCUUAAAACAGCUACUAUGAAUAUUCCCCGUAUGUUCAAGAAGAAUGGAAAAUGAACAGGAGUGAGGGACCCGAAACGACUGUGUUUCAUGCUGAGGGUGGCAAAGGCUGGCCCGGAUGCUGGAUGAGGCUCAACUCGGGGGCCCGGGCCGUUGCACUGGGGCUGGACUGGGGAUCACAGAAGAGGGCCAGGCCCGCGUGAGUCUCCAGGGCCGUGCUCAGGGGCGUGGCCUUUUGCAGUGGGGGCAUGGCUGCCGCCCGGCCCGCAGGCCAUGUGGCCCCCGCUGUUGCUGCUGCUGCUGCUGCUCCCGGCCACCCCGGUCCCCACCGCCAAGGCCGCUCCCCUCCCGGAUGCUAACACCCAGGAAGGCCUUCAGAACCUGCUUCAAGGAGUCCAGGCUGGCGGAGACGGAGAGCUGCAGGCCGACUCACACCUGGCCCCGGGCUCUGGCUGUAAUAAUGGGGCUGUGGUGGCCACGCGACCAGAAAGCCGGGGAGGAAGACCUGCGGCUCCGUGAGAGGCGUCCAGGGCUGCAGGCCAUGGCGACAGGCUCCGGGGAACAUGGGGCUUCCCCUGUCCCCUCCCAAGGAGUGUGGGCCUCAACGCAUUGACAGGGGACAGCUGUGUGCCCUCUCCAGACCCCACCCUCAUCACCAUUUAUUAGAAAUAAUAAAGUUCUUUGUUAACUAGC